AUGAACAUAUCAGCAUUUUGGUGUUUGCAUAUUGUAAGAAAACUGGUAAAUGAUCCAUGUUUUGCCUCACAGUGUGACGUCUUCACAGACAUAGGAGAAGAGAUGCUUGACCAUGCAUUCCAAGGCUACAAUGUAUGCAUUUUUGCAUAUGGUCAAACUGGAGCAGGGAAGUCAUAUACCAUGAUGGGGAAACAAGAAGAAGGGCAGGAAGGAAUUAUUCCUCUUAUUUGUAAAGACAUGUUCAAGAAAAUUGCAGACUGCAAUGAUGAAGAACUUCAGUACUCUGUUGAAGUAAGCUACAUGGAGAUCUACUGUGAGCGUGUCCGUGAUUUAUUGAAUCCCAAGAAUAAGGGCAACCUUCGUGUACGUGAGCACCCUCUUCUUGGACCAUACGUAGAGGACUUGGCUAAACUAGCAGUUACUACAUAUGAAGACAUUCACAACCUUAUUGAUGAAGGCAACAAGGCUAGGACUGUAGCCGCCACAAACAUGAACGAGACUUCUUCAAGAUCCCAUGCUGUGUUUUCUAUUGUAUUAACUCAACGUCGGGAGGACCGUGCAACAAAUCUGUCUACAGAACGAGUAUCCAAGAUAUCUCUAGUAGAUUUAGCAGGUUCAGAGCGUGCCGAUUCUACUGGAGCCAAAGGAACAAGACUCAAAGAGGGUGCCAACAUUAACAAAUCGCUGACCACCCUCGGCAAAGUUAUCUCUGCUUUAGCUGAAAUUGCUUCAAAACCUAAUAAGAAGAGGAAAGCAGAAUUCAUUCCCUAUCGUGACUCUGUCUUGACCUGGUUGCUUCGUGAAAACCUUGGAGGAAACAGCAAAACAGCCAUGGUGGCAGCUAUAUCACCUGCUGAUAUUAAUUAUGAUGAAACUCUUUCAACUUUGCGAUAUGCUGAUCGUGCUAAAGCCAUUCGCUGCAAUGCUGUUGUCAAUGAAGAUGCAAAUGCCAAGCUGAUCCGUGAACUGAAAGAGGAGAUCCAACGUCUUCGUGACCUCCUUAAAGUUGAAGGCAUUGAAGUUCAGGAAGGCCCGGAUUGCAAGGUCACCUACAACAACAAUGAAAAUCGCCCUGCUGAUCUAGGUUCAUGUCAGGAGAUCACAAAAGUUAUGAAUAGUAGGAAUGACAAAGAGACUCCUCAGAUAAACUCCCCAGUGUCUACAGUUGCUGAAGUUGCGGUUGAUCAGCUACAGGCCAAUGAGAAGCUCAUCGCAGAACUAAAUGAGACUUGGGAGGAGAAACUGAAACGCACUGAAAGUAUACGUUUGCAACGUGAAGCUGUCUUUGCUGAGAUGGGUGUAGCCCUGAAAGAAGAUGGCAAUACCCUUGGAAUAUUUUCUCCUAAAAAGUUUGGAGACUUCACCUUACUUAAUAAAGACUAG